AUGGCACAUAGGUUCCUCUCAUCUACGAACAGAUUCAGCGCCAGAUUCGCCUUCAUAUUCACCGUGUCACUAUCCUGCACCUAUUUAUGCUAUAGUAUUCUUUUCUGUCGCGGCACAAUCAUGACAAAUCAGGGUUACGAGGGGAAACGAUGCCCGCCCAGCAAGAACGCCGGAGGGAAGAAACUUCUUGGGAAUUUGGACAAUUGCGCAUCGCUGGGUGUCAGAUCCGCUCUGGAUGUGUCCACUGCUGCCCAGCGAGGAUCAGACAAAGCUCCUGACUCAUCUGGAGGUCACUGGGCUGACAUGAAGUUGAGAAACAUGAGUGUGGCGCAGAAAUAUGGGAAUAAGAAGCUGCCAAAUGCGUUAAUAGUCGGCGUAAAGAAAGGAGGCACCCGGGCGGUGCUGGAGUUCAUCCGGAUACAUCCAGAUGUGCGCGCGCUAGGAACAGAGCCGCACUUUUUCGACAGAAACUAUGACAGAGGGCUCGACUGGUACAGGGGGCUGAUGCCACGAACCCUCGACAGCCAGAUCACAUUAGAGAAGACUCCCAGCUACUUUGUCACCCGAGAGGCCCCCAGACGCAUCUCCAGCAUGUCCCACGAGACCAAGCUGAUUGUUGUGGUGCGUAACCCAGUCACUAGAGCGAUCUCUGACUACACACAGACUCUCUCCAAGAAGCCAGACAUUCCUACAUUUGAAGAGCUGGCCUUCAAGAACAGAAGUCUGGGACUUGUCGAUACUUCCUGGAAUGCCAUUCGAAUCGGGAUGUACAUUCUGCACCUGGAGAACUGGCUGCAGUACUUCCGCCCGUCACAGAUGCACUUUGUGAGUGGGGAGAGGCUGAUCACGGAUCCGGCAGGGGAAAUGGGACGCGUUCAGGACUUUCUGGGAUUGAAGCGAAUAAUCACAGACAAACACUUUUACUUUAACCGAACCAAAGGCUUCCCCUGUCUGAAAAAGCCAGAGAGCAGCAGUCAGCCGCGCUGCCUUGGCAAAUCGAAAGGCAGAACUCAUGUACAGAUCGACCAGGAGGUCAUAGACCAGCUUCAGGAGUUUUAUAGGCCAUUUAAUAUCAAGUUCUAUGAGACUGUUGGACAGGACUUCAAGUGGGAUUAA